AUGCUCGACCUUUGGGCAUCGAUGGAGCUUUCCUUCAUAGCAAAUGGAACGCAGUGCCGCCAUCCACCCAGGCUCUUGUACCCGCUGUACACCUUCUACUUUGUGAGGAAGUACAAGGGGCAAAUGCCCUACUAUCCCGGAGACGGGCAAGAGCA